UUCAUCUAAAAAUUACAUUCCCACAACAAUCAGCAAUGGCUUCAUUGGCAGUGGGGAACAAGCUGAUGUUGAUGGUGGUGUUGCUGUUGGGGAUCUAUGCCUAUGGAGGCUUCUCUGCCAGAUCUCCGUUGCCUCAUCGAUUUACUAGCAUUGGAGAAAGAUUUGAAGCAUGGAUUGCUGCGCAAGGACGAGUUUAUGCAGACGCCGGAGAGAAGGCAAGGCGCUUCAGCAUCUUCAAAAAGAAUGUGGCCUUUAUUAACCACUCCAACAAGUUUGGGAGCAAGACUUACAAGUUAGCCAUCAAUCAAUAUGCUGACUUGACCAACAAGGAAUUCAGGGCUGCGAAAACCGGGUUCAAGAAACCUGCGAAUCGCAUUAACUCCGGACCUUCCUCAUUCAGAUAUGGAAAUGUGAGCUCCCUGCCAGACACCAUGGACUGGAGAACCAGUGGAGCUGUGAAUCCAAUCAAAGAUCAAGGCCAAUGUGGAGGGUGCUGGGCAUUCUCUGCUGUGGCGGCAGUGGAAGGAAUCACAAAGAUCUCAACUGGAAAGUUGGUAUCUCUAUCGGAGCAAGAAUUGAUCGAUUGUGACAACACCGGUAACGACCAAGGCUGCAAUGGAGGACUCAUGGAUGGUGCUUUCCAAUUUGUGAAAGCCAAGGGACUCACCACCGAAUCCAACUACCCUUACACAGCAGCGGAUGGAACUUGCAGCGCAACCAAGACGACCUCUCCUGCAACCAAGAUCAGCGGCUACGAAGACGUGCCUGCCAACGACGAGCAGGCAUUGCUCAAGGCCGCGGCAAACCAACCUAUCUCUGUCGCGAUCGAUGCCAGUGGCUCAGCCUUCCAGUUCUACUCGAGCGGAGUGUUCACUGGAGAAUGUGGAACGAAUUUGGAUCAUGGUGUAGCUGUUGUAGGGUAUGGCACCAGUGAUGGUGGUAUCAAGUACUGGCUGGUGAGGAAUUCAUGGGGGACUAGCUGGGGAGAACAAGGUUACAUCAAAAUGCAGCGUGACGUUGGUCCCAAACAAGGUAUGUGCGGCAUUGCCAUGUCGGCUUCCUAUCCUACUGCAUAGAACAAAAGAAACCAGCUGAAGGGAUAUCCUGUCAUUCUGGAAAAGAAAGGUGUUGGUAACCUAAGAAAGGUGUCUUUUAUGC